AUGGCCGAAAAGGCAGAACAAGAGCACACGGUGCCAGUCGCUGGUCACAAGGAGACGGCAACCACCGAUGAGGCCCAACCGGUCCACGUCGAUGAGGUCGCCACGGCAGACUGGAGAGUUGAGGCUGCCGUGCGAGACAGGUGGCAUUCGAUCAAGGCCAAUCCAAAGAUCAUCUUUAUUGCGUUAUUCGCGUCAUUUGGCGGUUUCGAAUAUGGAUACCAACAGGGCAUUCUAUCACAAUCCCUCGUCAUGACGCGAUUUACCGAAAACUUUCCCUCGGUGGUCGAGUCCUCGACGGCCCAGGGCUGGCUGACGUCGGUUUUGCAGCUGGGCGGCAUCGUGGGCUCCCUGUCAGCGGGUCUGCUGGGCGAAAUGUUCUCGCGCAAGUACACCAUGUUCAGCGCGUGCUGCUGGGUCAUUCUGGGCUCCUACCUGUACGUUGGCGCCACGGCGGGCAAGCCCGCCCUGCUGUACGCCGGCCGCUUCUUUACCGGUCUAGGCGUCGGCACCUUUUCCGGCGUGGGCCCCCUCUAUAACGCCGAGAUCUCGGCCCCCGAGACGCGCGGUUUUAUCGUCUCGUUUUACCAGCUCGCCACCAUCCUGGGUAUCUUUCUCAGCUUUUGGAUCGGCUACGGCAGCAACUAUAUCGGCGGGACGGGCGAGUCGCAGUCGGACCUGGCCUGGCGUCUUCCCUCCAUCAUCCAGGGUAUCCCCUCUGUCUUGCUCGCCAUUGGUAUCUGGUGGAUGCCCUUUUCGCCCCGCUGGCUCGUCAAGGUCGGCCGCUACGACGAGGCCAAGAAGACGCUGGCCUGGCUGCGCAAGCGUGACAUCGAGGAUCCCCUAGUCCACGCCGAGUACCUCGAGAUCAGGGCCGAGGCCCUGUUUGAGGAUCGCGUGUUUAGAAAGACUUUUCCCAAGUUGGCUGCCAAGGAGAACCAGAGCAUCUUUGUCCGUGAGGUCUCUGGCUAUGUUCAUUUGUUCAGGUCACGUGACAACUUCAAACGUGUUGCGACGGCGUGGCUUGUCAUGUUUUGGCAGCAGUGGUCCGGAAUUGAUUCAAUCAUCUACUAUGCCUCAAAUGUAUUCCAGAGCUACGGCUUCUCCGAUGGAACGAUUGCCCUUCUUGCGACUGGUGUCACUGGAAGUGUUUUCCUCGUGAGCACGUUACCCGCCAUGUUCCUCAUUGACAAGCUCGGCCGUAAAUCCAUGCUCAUGACGGGCUCCAUCGUCAUGUUUGUCUGCAUGGUCACGGUGGGCAUCAUUGUGGCCAAGUUCCGCCACGACUGGCCGCACCACACCGACGCCGGAUGGGCCGCCGUCGUGCUCAUCUGGAUCUACAUUGGCGCGUUCGGUUACGGCUGGGGUCCCGCGUCCUGGGUGCUCGUGUCCGAGGUCUUUCCGCUGUCCAUCCGUGCCCGCGGCGCGUCCAUUGGUGCCAGUUCCAACUGGGUCAAUAAUUUCGCCAUUGCCUUUUUGGUCCCGCCCAUGUUUGAGGCUUGGGCUUGGGGCACUUAUAUCUUCUUUGCCGUCUUCUUGUUCUUUGGCUUCUUCUGGGUGUGGUUUGUGCUGCCCGAGACAAAGAACGCGACGCUUGAAGAUAUGGACCGCGUGUUCAAGAGUCACACUGGUGCCGAGGACGCCAAGAUGCUGCUAGAUGCUCAGAGGGAUGUUGGUCUGUUGGACUUCCUAAGGACCGAGGCCGACCUUGAUAAGCCCGAAAAGGUCUAA